AUGAUCGCUGCAAGAUCCCUGCGAGAGGCAGGAGCUCCACCCAGAGAAACGAUCUUCUCCGCAUCGCCCAAACCCGAACUUCACCGUGAACGCGCGGAGCGAUAUAUGUUGGAGUGGAAGGAAGACUCUCGGGGGGUCAUUGCCGGUCGCAUCCCAGGAACCACCAAUCACAGAAGCGCCAAGAGCUGAGGAUGGGCGGGGUUGAGCUCCUCCUGACCCGCAGGGCGGCGCUACAACAUCUAUUAGACUUGGAGCAUCGGCAGUACCAAGAGGAGCUCCAGCGGCUGUGCAAGACUUUCCACCAGCAGAGACUGUGA